GGUAACCACAGCAACAAAAUGUUCCCAAGGACAGCAGAUAGAUGACUUUGAGUACACCCUUUGUUAAUUUCAGAUACAUAAAAAGCGAGCAGGAUGAAGAUUACGUUGAUUUUUAAAUGCAUGGCACAAUGGCUGGCUCAUGCUCAUUGAAUGGGUGUGCUGGUGGGCAUUUUUGGAAGUGGUGCAAUGUGAAGUGCAUGCUCACAUGGAAAUUCACAUCUCCGCACAGCAAGUGGGGAAGAUCUCAGCUCAGUGAUGUCCUGACCUGGUGGAGCUUUGCAGAUAGGCAGACAGACAGACGGCAGGACGGAUACACGGGUGGGGGCUGUGCUCGGCGGCUCGGCGGCAGGCUGGUGGAAGAUGUCGUCAGGGGCUGGUGGGAGAGGAGGAAGGCGGAUCCGGGGUAUAACAAGCUCUGGGGGCGGGGGAAGGAGAGGAGGAGCAGGGGAGGCAGAGGAAGGCCCUGUGGGGAUCCCUUUCCAUGAACACAGUGCAGACGUCCUGGGCGGUCUGAACAAGCAACGACUCAGUGGGCUUCUUUGCGACGUGCUCUUAGUCACCCAGGACCAGGAGUUUCCGGCUCACCGCUCCGUCCUCGCAUCCUGCAGCUCUUACUUCCACAAACUCUUCACUUCGGGGGUCGCCGCCGACCAACAGAACAUCUACAACAUCGACUUUGUGGCAGCAGAGGCUCUGGGAGCUUUGCUGGACUUUGCCUACACGGCGACAUUGACGGUCAGUCACAGCAGUGUGGCCGACAUCCUUGCUGCUGCCCACCUCCUGGAAAUCUCUCCCGUCCAGGAUGUCUGUACUCACCUGCUGGACACCAAAGUGCUCUCCCCGCCGGCAGGCAGUGAGCGAAGAGACGAAGAUGAAGAGGGGAAAUGCAAAGGAGUCAAGGAGCAGGGGAACCAAAUUCGGGCCCGGGAGUACCUGGAGUACUUCCAGAGAGGGGCGCACUGGAGCAGCAGUUGCAGCACACCAGAGCUCAGGGAACUGCCCACACACCUGCACUUUAAUCAUGGUAAUGGGAGAACCCCCAGCAACGGGGCUUCUGCUGGCCCUGCUGAGUACUACUCCCCCCUGGCACUAGCCUUGUCACAGCCCCAUGCACAAGAACUGGAGGAGGAGGAUGAGGAUGAAGAGGAAGAUGAAGACAGAGAUGCAGUUCAGGGCAAUGGAGUAAACCUGGGGUCAUCAUACUAUCCUCCAUCUCAGAAUGGCCACUUCUACCUCCCCCCCGAGUCUCGGCAGGAAACAGAAGUCGAGGACAGCUGUAGAGAGGCGAUGGUGAGGGAGAGGGGUUCAGCCAGUGCCCUCCUGCAACAAAUGAUGGACUCCAUUGAGAGGCAGAAGAAGCGUGCAGCGGCCGGGGAGGAGCAGGGAGAUGGGGACGACCCUGACAUGGAAUUUUACUUGAAUUAUUUUAGUAGCACGCAGCACGAAGAUGCAGCUUCUGCUUCGGUUACGCAUGGUGUGCCGUCGCUGUGGAUGUCACGAGGCAGCGCAGGCCAACACACGGUGGGGGGAGAGAGAGUGGUUGAGGAGAGAGGAAACGGAACCGGAGGAGGUGGAGGAGAAAGAAAGAUGCGCUCUAAGGCCUUUCAGAAGUGCCCCAUAUGCUCGAAAGUCAUUCAAGGUGCAGGCAAGCUACCCCGCCAUAUCAGAACGCACACGGGAGAGAAACCCUAUGAAUGCGCCAUCUGCAAAGUGCGCUUUACCAGGCAGGACAAGCUCAAGGUUCAUAUGCGGAAACAUACAGGAGAGAAGCCUUACCUGUGUACACAAUGUGGAGCCGCCUUCGCCCACAACUACGACCUGAAGAACCACAUGCGUGUCCACACUGGUCUCCGCCCCUAUCAGUGCUCAAGCUGCUUUAAAACUUUUGUGCGCUCAGAUCACCUGCACCGCCACCUUAAGAAAGACGGCUGCAAUGGCAUCCCCUCUCGCCGGGGCAGAAAACCUCGGGUGAGAGAGCCGGGGCUCCUGGAGGCCCCCCAGAGCCUUCUGAGCCCCAGCUCUGAAAGUGGGCCCGGGCCUCGCAUCGUCAGGGGACGGCGGCGCUCUGAGGCGUCCAAUGCAGCAGAGAUGGAGGGUGUCGCUGAGGUGCACACACACAGUCCUCAACUGCAGGAACUAGCGGGGGAGGCAGGACCCUGAUACUGCAGGGGACCACAAGGACACUGCUGGAUGCUGCAGUCACUCUGCACAGCCUGUGAGACAGGCCUGUGGACAGAGAAGAGAAUAAACAUGCAAAGGCAAUUAAAAAAGACAAAACAACUAACUAUUCCUCUAUAAACCAAAUCAGGGUGUCACAGAAAUCUAAUCUUUAUAUUUCUUUCUCCCUUUACUUUAGGAAAUGAAAUAGAAUUGCAAGCACUUCAGUUGUUUUCCUUGUUAAAGAGAAAAGAACGCUUCAAAUCAUCCUCCUAUGACGUCCACUUUCUGGGCCAUUUCUUUUUUGUGAUAUUAGAUUUUCUUCUUUUUUACAUCAGCAUAUGCAGUUAGGCUAGUGUAUGAUAGACACAAAGAAACUCUAUGCAGUUGAUUUACAUUUUUAUUGGUUUUGUCCUCACAGCCUUCAAGUUCUAAGAAAGGUGACUGUCACGCACCUUCUGGCUGCUCUACAAGUGAAGUGAGGACAAAUCCUCCCAGCAACAAGUCUUUUUUUUUAUUAUUUUGCAGCUCUGAGAUGUACAGUUACCAUAGAAACAAAAUUUCCACAAAAUGGUAUAUGCAAGGAAAACUCACCAACAUUUUGAUGCAUGACUUUUUUUGUUUUUCAGUCUAAAUGUUCCAGAAAAAAUCCGGCGAGGGGUUGAUUGAAGUGUUACUUACUCUAAAAAUAUGUUUUUUUUGUAAUCGGUGGUUUGUCUUGUUGAAAAACAAGUUCAGCUCAAGUCUAAUCCCAUUUAAUGAUGGCUCGCCAUUUGCAGGACGAGGGAAUGCGAGGGGUGGAGGGUUUGAAUUUUGAAAGCACUACCAUUCUCAACGUAUCUGUUGGCUUUACUACAUUGCCUCUUAUCCCUCACAGCCCUGCAAUGUCAGCGUUUUGUUUGCCCUUUUGAUUUUGUCUUAAUUCUUUUAUGUUCCUUUGGGUACUCGACACUUUAUAAUUGUAUACAUGUGUAUAUAUAGCAGGGGAUGAUGAUAUGACAUUGGCCCUACUUCUUGCUGAGGUGAACUAACAGAUCUUUCCUUUUAGGCUUGAUGUUAUAUUUCUCGGACACAGUUGAAGCUUUUGGGUAAAAGAAAAGAAGCUGUGUGAAUGUUCAAUGGCAAAAAGAAAACAAAAAAAGAAAAAAAAUUAAGUCACCUAUUUGUCCUAAACUUAAAACUUGACAUGUACAGUUCCUGCCCAGAGGAUUAGAGUGUCAAAUGAAUGCAUGUGCUUAACUUUGUGCAGUUUUUUCUGAGUCUGUCCUUGUGCAACAAGGCGCGGGUAGCACUUAACCAACCGCAGGUUAAAGGAAUGGCAGGGAGCGAGAGAGACCACGAGUACGAAGAAGACAUAUGUGAGCACCUUUUUUUCAACGUUUGCACAGCUUUACUAAAGAUAUCCCACAGAUUGGGAGAGGCAUAUGUUUAAAGGAAUCUGGGUUGUUGUGGCAGAGGGAGUGAGAGUAAGAUUAGAUGUAUGUAUCAUGCUUAUUCCAAUAUUUGUGCCCCAGGGACCACACAACCGAAAAGCAACCUGUGUGAUGAAGAGAGCAAUAAAUACCUGUCCAAGUUGGGAGGCCAAAUAGGAGCGCAGCUGCAGCUGGUUGGUGGGGGAGGGGAACAAAGAAAGCAGAGUGGAGUGGAGGGGGAUCUCACAAUGUCUGUCGCAUUCCAAAAAAAUAAUCUCCCCCAGCUCUGCCACGUUUCCAGCCCGAGAAGGGGUCAGAUCAGGCCUUUUUCUCUCCCUCUCUCUGCCUCUCCUCUAAUGCCCCUGAACCAGCCUGGAGGAGAUAUUAUUAUUAUAUUAGAGCCUGGACGCCUGGUGCUGGUAGUUUACUGUACGAGUGUGUUUACAUGUACAUGGGUUUUGAGCGUGUGUGUGUGUGUGUGUGUGUGUGUGUGUGUGUGUGUGUGUGUGUGUGUGUGUGUGUGUGUGUGCGCGCGUCAGCCAGGGUCCCUCUGGCCACAACAUCACUGUGUGAGUCAGGCACAGCCUGUUCAAACAUGACAUGCCAGCCCCACUGCACUUUCUCUGUGUUAUUCACCCACACGCCCUGGGUCCAGGUGUCCCGCAGAGAGGAGAACAACGCCACAGUUCACACUGUCUGCGUUGAUAUUGUCAGUAAAUUGCUAGUCUUAAAGAUGCACGUUCAGAUGCAGUGUUGCACGUGAUCCCCCUCCUCACCCACUCUAUGCAGUCGGAGUAAAAAAGUAAACACAUCCUCUUUCGCUAUUACUGUUUUUUGUGUGAAAAAAAAAAAUUUAGUUCUUGCCCAAUCUUACAACCUCAGAUGAAAAAUAUCAUGGGAGAGAUUAUGCUGUUUUCUAUAUUUAAUGAAAAUUGUUUGAAAAACUGUGUAACUGUGUACAGAGUUUAAAAAACGUCUUUAGAAGAAGGAUGGGUCUAUUUGAUUAUCUGUACCAAAAGUAUAUGUGUAGUUUAACACCUUGCUGCUGUGUUGCGGCCGCUGUCGAGUGGCAUUGCCUAGAUUGUGCAAAACAAGGCCAAAUCAUGAGCCGGCCACCACCCUGCUUAAAUGUUGGUAACAGCUGUUUGUGCAAAACUUUUGUGUUUAUUUUUUUACGGUCCAAACUCUUCACAUUGGUCUCAUCUUCAGACGUCUCGUGGUUUGUUCAGUUGCAUCUUGGGAAAGCUAAGCCAUAGUGCCAUGUUGCUUUUAAAGAAGACAAUUUAAGCCGGCAACCCUUAAAAACAAGCCAUACUUGAUCAGCUUUUUUCUAAUUGCGCUAAUGUUUUAGUUGGCCUGUAUAGCCUGAGAUUAACAUAUUUUUGAUAUUCCAUUGAAUUUUAUGAGACCUCUCCUUCCAGCUGGACAAAAGUUAUAUUGUUCUGAAUAUUUUUGAUCAUUGUCUCUGUGUAAAUUAUUCCAGCAACAGUUUAUUAAUGGUUUCUUUUUGUUGGUGUUAAAACCCAUCGCAAAUGUCCAGACUAAGCAGGCUUUUAGAUCAUGUUGCUGCGGGCCUGUUAAUCAAAUGACUUUCCCACUUGCACCUUUAAUUGCUUUGGAAGCACUUAGUUUUUCAAACACUAUAUGAUACAGUGUAAAAUCUCAUGACAUGUUGUUCAUCUAAGGUUGUAUUUAUUUUACUUAAAGACAUAGAAAAUCUAAAAUACAAGAUAAGAAGAGGGUGCUCUUACUUUUUGGAAAUUCUGUACAAGUGCUCAAUUUUGCACCUUAUUUGGAAUGAGGCUGGGGUUGGGGCACAGGACAAGUGGAAACUUUUGUCAACAAAACGGGUACUUUGAAACAAACCAGUUGCAAAUGAAAUUAAUCCCUCUUUUCUCUCCACCUUAGUGAACUUGCAUUCCCUUUUUACAUGUUUUUGACAAGAUGUAAAAGUUUAGUUCCCACAGGAGAAGCCUAGCUCGGUUAUAGAAACACCAAUGAGGUUUUGACUAUUCCAUGUAACUGAAUGCACUUGAAGUUCGCUGUCAGUGAUUGUCUUUACGUCUUAAUAUAAAAUAUGGAGGCAGUAGAAAGGGCACUUUGUGUGUAUGUGAGUGUGUGUUUGUAUAUCCAUCCUUUAUUGUGAGUGUAUGCGGACGUGCACAAGUUGGCAGGCAGGCUGGAGGGUCUCAGGAUAACUAUUAUAAACAAGCCUUUGCAUCUACCCCAUCUGUUCCCAAAUACACGUGCUUCUGAUUGGAUCCACGGCAGGGGAUGAGUUCACGGUAGCACAAAAGCAGAAAUAUUACACUGCGAGACAACACAUCGGACAGGACCUUGUUUAUGUCACGGCUCUCUCUGUGCAGGUUUUCAUAGCACUUGUUUACUCUAGUAGUUUACUGUCAGCCAGGAGUUGUCAAAGUCUUAAGUUCCUUUUUUCCUCUUCGAUACAUUGAACAGGGGGUUAGUGAUUGUACAACAGUGCUCCCAACUCUAGACCACUGUAAGCUGGGUGAAGUCUGUCUUUAUUUGUCGUGGUACUUGGAAUCGACUGCUUAAACCCUCCGUGUCUUAAUGUGGCAGAUUGGUUUUUUUUACCCAACAAUACCUGUGAGCCAUUUUAAUUGGACCUUAGGGUAGCUUUUGUUGAUUGACCAAAGCUCUUUGUUCGAGACAAUAAGUGUGAUUUUAUUUAGUCUAGACCUCCGUGAUUAAGCCUUGGAUGAUCGUCAACUUUCAGAUCAUUUUACUUGAUUUCACUUCCUCUCAAUCUUUGUAUGUAUGUGUAAAAAAGAAUCAAUGGUCCAAGGAUGUAUAGCUUGUUCUGUAUGUUUAUUUUUCUUAUAAUUAUGCAUUGAGCUACAGCUGUUUUUUUUUUUUCUAAAGAUUUUUACAUGGCGGUAUGUGUGUGUUUUAGGGGAAGGGUCAUGGUUUGUGAUGCUGUGGCAGGAGGGUUGGGUAACUAAAAAAAGGGUGCUUGUGGGUGGGGGUUAUGGAUAAAAGCCUAAAAAGCACUGGAAACUGUGCUUUAGCUGAGAGAGCAAAAGUUUGCACUAAUGUAAAACGUCCUUGUCCUGCUUAUUGGGAAAAGGACCUGAGACCUCAGACAACGGCCUGCGAGUGUCUAUGAGCACAGAGCAGUGUGGUCGAUACUCAAUGGUCUAUUAAAGAGUCCAUUUAAACCCUCCUUAAAAAUAUAAUCAUGUACAGUAUGUUGAGAAAUAUACAGACUUCCAGGAGCAACGCAUACCAAAGCUGAAGAAAUGGGUUUCAUUCUCAUCACUGGACAUUUUAUGCUUUUGUUUUUAGGUUUUAUUUAAUCUAAAGGCUUAUGUAAAGAGAUUCUCAGAUGAAAACAGAUUUUUUUUUUUUUUUUUUAGAUUAAGAGAUCAUAAAGUUUGACUUUAAGAUGAGCAGUAAAGCUUUUCUGAAGAAAGAAAAACUUGAAAUGUUUGAUUGUUCCAAAUCUGUUCAAGAUAGCCACAUUCCUGUUUAUUCUGCUGAUUAUUAAGUAAUGCCUACCAAUACUUCUUUCUCAAAGACUGGUUUUGGUCUUGAUCUCUGUUGAACUGAAUGACUUCAGCAUGUUAUCUGAGAAGGUUAAAGUGACUGUAUAUGAUCUGUGGCCUUGUCUGAGGAGCAUUAAGCUUGUUUUGUUUGUUUCCAGACUAUUGUGGAGUGUGGGGCUGAGGCUGACUCUCACUGGGUGGACUGUUCAGCAUCGAGGGCCAAAGCGUGCCUUAGGGACCGACAAGAAAAAUGUUUCAUUAUUUUGACGAGAAAUAUUUUUUGCUUCACGGCAAAAAGCUGAAUUGGCUUCCUACUGCAGGGAUUGAUUUAAUCUUUGCCCAAGUAAUUUUAUGCAAACGUGUGUAACUUUUUUCUUGCUUCUGUGUCCUGUACACCAUCGAUGUGUGCUCGCAGCCUCAGCCCCAGACCAAGGUUACUCCGACGUAGGCUACAGGCUCCAAAUUUCCCUACAUUUUCUGUUUUUUUUCUUCAGACUUGACCUCAGCAUGUAAUCUGUCUCGUUUUAUUAUCAAAGGUUCUUGCUAAAUCUAUCUGAGAAGGCCACAAAACAAAGACUAAAGAUAACUAUAACUGUAAAUAUUCCAACAAAGCAGGACGUGUUGACUGUUAUGGUCUCUAAUGACUGUGGAAAGGGUUACUUUGCUUUGUCAUUCUGCUGCACCUAUUUUUUUUUUCAUUGUCUUUCUCCAUCAGGCUGUUGGUGCUCAGCAAGCCUGAGUACAGCAUAUGCAGUACGGCUUCAUGCUCAGCGUGGCUCUGGCGCUCGCACAGACAGCCCUGGGUCCUUCAGAGGCACAGUUCUGUCUGAUGGCUGCCUCUCAGCCAAGUGGACACAGUUUGCACUUGGAGUCUUUGUCAGUCUCUGGAGGAUACAAAGGUUUGCACACAGGGAGGAUUAAACAUGGCCGGUUGGGCAAGGCUGAGUGUUAUUUUCGGUUUAGGAUGCCUGAGUGAUGAGCACUAGAGUCAAUUAGUCAAACUAGCAUGGCCACAUUAAUACAGAAGAGUUUGUUAUAUAUUUGGGAAAACAGGGCAAAGAGACUGCUGCUGAUCUCUUUUGUCUUUAUGUAAGUACUACUCAGGUGGAAAAUUCACUGCUAUGCAUUGGGUUUUGUUAUCUGCUCAGUUUAUAGUGUCUGGUUUGUCUUUGUGUUCAUUCCCAGACUUUUCCUGUCUUAUUCCUGUCAAAAUUUUACAAUACAGCUUCCCCAAAAGGAUUCCCUCACUAGAGAGUUUCUGCGAACAAUGUUUUCCUCGAAGUAACACUGAUCCCGUCAAUUUCUAGGCAACUAAAAGAAGUUCAUUAAGACCUUUACUCUUUUUACUCUUUUUUUUUUUUUUUUUUUGGUCGGGGGGAAAGAAAAGAGAGGAGGAUAAGGGUAAACUGCGAUUAAAGAGUUAGACACCUCAGAUCAAAAUCAGGAUGCAUUCCAUGAUUUCAUACUGUGAGAAUCAGUCUGAGAUGACGAGAGAAAAUGUUUGACAUUUUUCUGCAUCUGUCUGGCCUCACUGUCCUGCUACAGACAUUUUAGUUAUAAAGCUCAGAAGACCACGUCCCGCCCGCAGUGUAGCACUAACUUUCUGACUGCCUUUUUUUUUUCAACUUCUGCGAUUGUAACAAAAGCACUUUGCUAGAGUCCACCUUGAAUUUUGUAUUCUUUUAACUUUUUCGGUUAUCACUAUUUUCUUUUUCUCUCUGUCUUAAUGCUGAUAAUAAUUUAAAUGCAAAAAAUGUAUGUAUAUUGAAAAUGGAUAAAAAGAAAAACUUGAAUAUUUGGUAUUUAGAUUGAUUUGCAAAUGCAUCUCUGUCAUACUACCACCAUACCUGUUAUGCAGCUUAUUGCAUAGUCUCAAUCAUUGUGAUGUGGAGAGGUGGUACAGAAGAGACUUUCUUCCACCUGCUUUCUGCUAGAUCUUGUUGCAAAAAAGGUGAUCUGAUCUCUUUUUUAAAAAAAAAAAGAAAUGUGUAUAACACUUGUGAAUAGCUUUCUGAGAAGGCUGCAUAUUAAUCGACUUUAUAUUAAUAGCCUGUCUGUGGAAAGGCUGGAUCUGGUAUCCGUAUAAGGAUUAAAUUAUUAUGAAUUUGUCGUCUUACAUUUACAGAUCAGCACAGAAAUGUAUUUUGGCCUUAAAACAAAUCAUAUUACUGCACUAAAAUGGAAGUACAAUGUCAUAAGCAUUCAAAGGCUCUGGAAAUCAUUCAGUGACAGAAAAUUAUCAUUCAAGUCUGGACAUUUAAAUCCACACUGAGUCUCAUACGGCAGAAAAUUUUAACACGUUGCGGACAUUGUAGGCUGACCACACACAACCUUGUGUUUCACAAGUGUGUCCUGAAGCUGGAAUACCUGACAACCAAAGUGAAUGGAUGGAGGUCGCAUGCAUCAUGCUGAUCACUGAAUGUUUUCUACCCACAGGGGGCAGCAGAACUUUCUCAUCUGAUGUGACUUGGUGUGGAUUUUUACACAAGGCUUUUCAUUUCAUGUUUUGAUUUCUUUUUGCAUAGUGUUCGGUUAGUCCAUAUCUGCUGGAAACUGCAAGGAGAGAGGGCUGGGGAACGGGGGGAGGCAUUAUUGCUGAUUUCUGUUUUUGGAGAACUUGCACUUUUUGGCAACGAAAAGAGAGUAUUGUAUAUGAGACCACUAAAUCCACACACAGUCUAAACCAUAUAAUUCCAUGUUGUGUCCUUUUUUGUUCUGUUCUUUUUUUUAAUAUAUCCAAAAAUGUCUGGCAUCUGGUUGUCUGGUUUAAAGAACAUAAAGUCUUUCUAUUAAAAAACAAUGGUUGAAAAGUU